UCUUUUCUGUCUAAAAUUUUCUCUCCUUUUCCCACCACCUACGGAUUUGACGGGCCGGUCCUCGCAUUGACCUCCGGUCAACUCACCCCCCUCUCUACCGACCAAUUGCUGUGUCGUGCCACACAUGUCCGAGAUUGACCAAAAUCUCGCGCUUGGUCUCGGUCGCGAUCACUCACGAAACUUUCGGGACAAUCGCGAGAUGUCGGGGCUGUGAUUUUGGAGAUCUGCACAGGAUAUCAGAAUCUCAGCUAUAUGAGAUUUGUUAGAGAGAGAGAGAGAGAGAGAGAGAGAGAGGAUCUGAUUUGAGAUAGGGACUCGUACAGAGAGACAGUGUGUGUGAGGAUUGAGACAGAGAGACAUUUCCAUUACUGCGUAUAAAAAAGAUUGCUCGCUGACGCAGAGAGGAACUCCGUUUUGCUUUUGCUUCUUCGAGAGAGAAUCAAUAUUUCGAAAUUUGAAACCACAAAAAAAAAAAAAAAAAAAAGCUUAUUACUGUAAGGCGAAGACCUUCUGACUCGGAGAUGGAGGGGGGGAACGUUGUUGUUUCACGGCGAAGUAACGAUGGUUUUGGUGUUUCGCCUUAUGAUCCCGAAGAAGCUCACGUUCUGGCCGUCGAUGACAGCCUCGUUGAUCGGAAGAUCAUCGAGAAGCUGCUUAAGAUUUCUUCUUGCAAAGUAACGGCCGUGGAUAGCGGAAGGAGAGCCCUGCAAUUCUUGGGGCUGGACGAGGAGAAGAGCUCCUCUGUUUCUUUUGAUGGCUUGAAGGUGGAUCUGAUCAUCACAGACUACUGUAUGCCUGGAAUGACCGGAUACGAAUUGCUCAAGAAAAUCAAGGAAUCCUCUACUUUCCGAGAGAUACCUGUGGUGAUAAUGUCUUCCGAGAACGUCUUGGCUCGAAUUGACCGAUGUUUGGAGGAAGGGGCGGAGGAUUUCAUAAUGAAGCCGGUGAAGUUAUCGGAUGUGAAACGUUUGAAGGAUUACAUGAUGAGAGAGGUUGGAUUUGGAAGUGAGAAUAACGGAGGAAUUGACAAGAGAAAGCUACAAGAGAGUUGCGAUCUGAAUUCCUCAGAACCGCCCGUUACGUCCUCAACGUCGCCGUCGCAGUUACCAGAACCGCCGUCGCGGUCGCCUAUAUCAUCGCCAUCGGUACCUUCGUCUAUCCCUACACCUUUGGAUUCUCCGAUUAGACGGCUUAAAAUUACCAACACCGGAUGAUCGAUCUAGAUCCAUUCACACCUGCUUCACUCUACAAGUCGGAAAUCCUCCAAUCCAUGCAAUUACGUCCCUUUCUUCUCUUCCCUGAGUCAGAAGACUCAGAAGUCAGAACUGCAAUUCUCCGUUACGUGUAACGGUUUUUGUUGCAUUACGGGGUUGUCUUUUGGCGUCUUUUGUUUCGUUUGUUCCUACGAGGACGAUGAGUUCCAGUCACUAAUACUGAAUUACUGAUAAUUAUAACCGAUUACGUUAUUACUUUAAGAUGAAUCUAGCUAUCCGAUUCAAAUUUCUUCGUGGAGGAAAUAAAAAGGAGUUAUGGCCCGUUGAGAGCACAAAUAUUGCA